UUCCAGGAAAUGCUGUUUCAAAAUAAUAUUCCGAAAAUGUAAAAGUCGGACUGCGUUGAAUUUCAUAUUUGGAGUAAUUUUUUAAAAAAAAACUAUCAUUCUCUACAAACUUUUUCUCCAGAACUUGCAUCUGAAGCAACGUGUUGCUGGCCCUUUAAGAAAACUGCGUCAUUAUUUUGGAAGCGUAACCCGGAAGCACCCUGUCAUCAGGAGCUAACAUGCUCCCCGGCUGAAAUAAGACAUCCACCGCCGUAGCUUUGCUUUUAUGAGGCCUGUUUGUAACAUUGCUGUUGAAUUAAUCAAAUCAAGAAGAGCUCACAGUUCAGCUGCAGCUCGUAGAGUCGGAGGAGAGAUGUGUAAAGAGCUCAAGACCAAAGUGCUGCGACUGUUACCGCAGAACUGCACCGGGCCGUCUGUUCAUCAGGAGGGCCACACAGAUGGUGCUGAAGUCCUGAGUUGCAUGGUGAAAGCGCUGAAGGAGGGUCAUGUGGUCGGUGUUCCCACAGACACCAUCUACGGCCUGGCAUGUCUGACACAGAACUCUGAAGCGGUCAAAAAAAUCUACGACAUCAAAGGACGAAAUAAAAAUAAACCACUGGCCAUCUGUGUUGGAGAAAUUCACGAUAUCUAUAAGUACUGUAAAGUGAAGGUGAAGGAGGCGCUGUUAGCUGACCUGCUACCUGGCCCCGUCACUCUGGUGUUCGAAAGAUCUGAAGUACUGAACACAGAUCUCAACCCGUUUACCUCACUUGUAGGCGUACGUAUUCCAGACCAUUACUUUAUGAGACGCCUCUGCCAGAUGUGCGCUGAACCACUCGCACUUACCAGCGCCAACAUCAGCUCACACACCAGCACUGUGGCAGUGCAUGAGUUUCAGGAGCUCUGGCCCAAACUAGCAGUGGUGGUGGACGACGGACCAAUAGGAGACCACAGCCGCCUCGGAUCAACAGUGGUGGACCUAUCAGUACUCGGCAAAUAUAGCAUCAUCAGACCCGGCUGCGCCCUUUCUUCUACGGUUGAUGUGCUGGAGCACAAAUACGGAAUGUCAGAGGACUCGGGGAAGAAUGACCUUGUCUGAACUCUCCACACUGCACAAGCUGAGAUGCACAAACAGCGUUGACCCCCGGGGGCGGGGGCUUCUUCAGUGGAGAUGAAUUAUUUUCAUGGUCACAUUGGAAAUGGGUCUUUUGCGGGAAGGACUAAAACUCCGAAAAAACUUGAUGGCAGAUCUCUUCCUGGUGGCUGCUGUAAGGUCUGGAGUAACUUUUCUUCUCUUUGUGAACAUAAUUCAUGCCUUGCUUUAUUAUGUGAGGUUUUAAGAGUCUCACAUUUCUGGACCAUUUAUUCAGAAAUACAGCAAAAGGGGUCAGUUACAUAGUGUGGGCUUUGUUGGUUGUUCAAAAUGUAAACUACAUCUUGUUUGUAUUGUCAAAGCUAUGAGGCUAAAUGGAGAAUACAUGAGAUUUAGUUUUAAUUGUAAUACUUCUGUAAGGAAACAGGUGUUAAGGCACUCAUUGUAUGGUUUAACAAAGUAUUUGAUAAUACAAGGGAUGGGAGAAGUUCUGUGUUGAGACUGGAUUUAUUUUCAUUAACUUAUGAAUCCCCUAUAUUUAUUGUAUCCGCAUGUCAGUCUAACAGUGUUUGGCUUACACUGUAAUUGCUCACUUGGUACAGUUACUGUGCCUCUGUUUUAUGUUAAUGUAGCUUGAAAUACUAUAAAUUUCCGACUUCUGUUGAUUGGCAUGUUGAGCAUAUGGAUAAACGGUAUGAAAUAAAUCUGCCCACAUGCUUAUUUAAAACUGGAUCUCCAACGUUAACUUGUGUUGAUGGAUUGUGAAACCUCGGCAUUGCCACAAUAAAUAUCUUUUUCAGUA